CACAAUCGUGAACCCCAGAAGUGAAUUCACGGCGCAGCGAUGGUCUGCAUGAGUAACUGUAGCUGAAAAGUAUAUUUCAGGUAGGUUUGACACGAUCUUCAGAUCUGUUGGCAGUGUCAAUGGGUCAGAUCCUCCCGUGGUAAAGUAUUUGAUCAUUGCUGUUUGUGUUUACGUCAGCGUAUUUCAACCCUUGGUCGUGAUUCUGAACUCCUAGUAGCAACCAGCAAAUUAAUAGUCAAACAUCAAAAAAUGUCGGCCGCCACGACCAAGGAGCCCAAUGGGGCGUUGCAACUGCUUGUCGCCACCGCUUCCGCCUACGGGGUGUACAGAAUCUACGCCUACUAUGUCAGUAAACAGAGCCAUAGAGCAGGAAAAAUUCACUACUUCGACGCCGAUCAUGAAACGUACCGGGUUGUAAAGAGGAAGCACAGCAAAGAGCGGCAAAACCAGGGCACUAGUAGCCCCACGACGAGGACGAGAGGAAUAAACAAGAAAUCUUCCAGCAGGUCGAGGGAUAAGCAAUCUGGGUCUUUUUCCUCGGACAUACACCCCAAUCCAGCAGCAACAACCACUGCUGCUGACGAAGAUGUAACCACCACGAACCAGGAAAUCGACGACAACGGGGACCCGAUCAACGAAAACAAAGUGGAUUUGAUCGGCCAGUUUUAUUGGGACAAGCUUUCUGAGAAAGCCAGGCUCUUACUCGAAUAUGCAAUGCAAAAGCAUCGUACUAGUAUAAAUUGCAUAUUUGUAAUGCUGAUUUACCUUUAGAAAGUAAUGCAUAAAUGCAAUUACUACGAGUACGAUACUUUUGCACAGGAUAUCGAACAGCAGAUGCUGAUCCAGGAAAGUUUCAUCCCCGGUUUUAUUCAGGACGCGAAGGAUCGGCUGCGGGUCCAAGACUACCAGAACGCGAAAAAGGCCGUGUUGGAGAAGAAAAAGUUGGAGAAGAUGCUGAAAAAAUUGGAAUUCCGAUACCAUUUGGUGUUGACGUGUUUGACGGACUUGGAUAUCGCGUAUUGCAAGCGAAAACUCGCGUUGGACGUCUCCAAGUCGACGUUGCUCCGGUUGGAACUGGACGAAUUAGUGGAAUCGAAAAUCGCGGAUUGCAAGCGGAAAUACUUUGAUGGCGGGGGGAACAGUAAACUCGGUUCGCUUAUGGGAGGGAUAGCUGGAUCUUCCGGUUUUUCCAGUCCGACUUCGAGUAAAGCGAGUACUAGAAAUAAUUAUCAGCUCGCUGCUACGGCUUCUUCUCUCUACCCCUCUCUGGACGAACCGCGAAAGCACAUCGGGAAUCAUGUGUUUCAGCAGCAGAGCCCACAGUUUCCGCUUCGUAGUUCCCCGGAGGGCGAAAAUUUCCAUUCUGGGCGCCUUCAACAACAGCAGCAGCAACAGCAGCAGUACCAGCAGCGGAAUGGCAACUCAACGCGGAAUAACAUGAGUUUGCUCGCCGCCGAUGACAUUCCGAACGAAUUUGAUGAUCUUUUUGAGAGUGAAGAUGGGUCGUUUUUGCUGGAACAACCCCGCUCGAAACCCCCGACUCCGGUGAACAUUGCGUACUAUCCGGAAGGAACUGGAGGUCAUUGCACUUCUACUAGAGGAACGCCAGUGCGUAGUUCCUUUUUCCGGAGGACAAGACAAACUCGUCCAGCAUCUUUGGCUCCAGGAAUAUAUGACAUCAGUGCAGCUGGAAGAUCUACUUCACCAGGUGCGGGGACGAUGUUGACAUCGUCUGUUCAUCAUGCUGGAACAUCAGACACAAAAUCUACUGUACUUCGAAGCCCGCUGUUUUAUUCCAACCUUUCGUCGACUUUGACCUUUCCGAAUCCGACUCCACUGCUUUAG